GUCCCCAAUGCGGAAGCGGAAGUUUAUGAAUAAAUCCACAGCAACGACUUGACAGCGUGCAGACUCCACAGCUAACUGUACUUAAGUAUUUAAAUGUAUUAGGCAUAGAUUACGUGCUCGAGAACAAGAAAGACACUGAUUUUGUCAUUAUGGAGUCAUUGCACGAGCUUCUGAGAGAUCCAUUGUAUUGGAUAGGAGCUGUCACUGUGGCCUGGCUAUUGUUGUGUACUCUCUGCUUUCUGUUUAACGGGAUUCGUGUGUGGAUUGUGGGCAACGGAAAUUUGGUCAGAGCAUCCAGACUCGGGAAAUGGGCAGUUGUGACUGGGGCCACCGACGGAAUCGGAAAAGCCUAUGCGGAGGAGCUUGCGCGACGAGGUUUUGCCAUAGUUCUCAUCAGCCGUACUCAGGAGAAGCUGGAUGAAGUGUCCAAAGCUAUCGAGAGCAAGUUUAAUGUUGAGACCAAAACCAUUUCUGCAGACUUUGGAUGUACGGACAUCUACCCUAAGAUUGAGUCUGGACUGGCUGGCCUUGAAAUAGGAGUUUUAGUUAACAAUGUCGGAGUGUCUUAUUCCUACCCAGAGUUCUUCCUCAGCGUUCCUAAUAUUGACAGCUUCAUCAAUGAUAUGAUCAACAUCAACAUUACAUCGGUUUGUCAGAUGACACGACUGGUGUUACCCAGGAUGGUAGAUCGGUCUAAAGGAGUGAUCUUGAAUAUUGCCUCGGCUAGUGGCAUGUACCCAGUUCCUCUUCUCGCACUUUAUUCCUCCUCAAAGGCCUUUGUGGACUUUUUCUCCCGUGGACUCGACACGGAGUACAAGAGCAAGGGGAUUAUUAUACAGAGUGUGCUGCCAUUUUAUGUGACGACCAAACUGAGCAAGAUCAGGAGGGCCACUAUUGACAUCCCUACUCCAGAACGCUACGUCAAAGCUCAGCUGAGCACUGUGGGCCUGCAGACUCAGUCUAACGGUUACCUCCCACAUGCCAUCAUGGGUUGGGUGACCACUGCUCUGCUACCCACAAAAGUGCUCACCAAAUACGUCACGAAGGUGUGCUUGUCCCAGCGUGCACGCUAUCUGAAGAAACAGAAGCAAGGUUAGAGGAAAAGAGAACAGACUGAGGAUGGAGGGAUGGUGUGACGUAAGGGGGAACCAACAAAAUUUUUUGGCUGUCAGGAGCCUAGAACAGUCACAUCAAACUGUUCCUUACAUUUCUGUUCCCAUUGAGAGCAAUGAAUUAUCCAGAUGUUAGAGUGGUGCAUUGAGCUUUGGAGAGUUAUAGCUAACCGAACCAUUAUUUUCUUGAACAGACUUUGCUGACUAACAGGUCUUAUUGGCUCAGAAUAGCAGAAGUCGCUUUCACGUUAUGUGCUCUGUUUAUUCUGUAUUUGCUCAGAUUAGCUGAAGUCUGUAUUGCACUGAUUAAUUCGCUUUGAUCUUUCCAUUUUACAAUUAAUUAGUAGUUCUCUAAUAAUAGUCAUCUGAGAAACAUAAAACAUGAGAAAUAGGUUCUCAAAAUUAUCUGAUUACAUCAACUGCGUGUCCAUUAUUUCAAUGAAAGAAUGACAGUAAGCUUUUAUACCCCUCAAGCACUUAUUGGUGAUUUUCUGAAAUUGGGCAAGAUGCCUGCAAUCAUUAUUAACUGCAAAGGGACGUCUACAAUUUUGCUCCAUGUUUUGCUUGUUUCCGUCUGACUCAGCAGUUGUUUACAAACUACAUGAACUACUUGUGCUUAUCACAGAUGGCACAUUGAAGUCUAAUUCCGAGCGUCACUUUUAAAGGAGACGCGGCUUUAUUUCACUGUUGUGAGUUUAUGUACGUCCUGUAAAACGGAUUAUUAACUGGUACUGCUGGUAAAAAGAUGCAUACCUCAAUGAAAAGUGAGGCAAAAUUGUUUAUAUGGACGAAGAAAGGUUUUCAUCUAAAUAAAACAAUAAUUUUCAGUA